GCGUUCAUCUAUAUAAAAAUGGCAUGAUGGAUUCGACACUCGAUGUAGGAGUGUCUACGGAACACUCGUCGUUAGCUGACAACGCCCAUCCAUCGCGUCAUCCCUUCCCCCUCCCCGCCUCGGUCCGAUCCGCAACGUCGAGCACCCUAACCUUGACGUCAAUAGCCAGGAAAGUCGUGCAGUAUUAUUAUUACCAAUCAAACAACCAAAACCCCAAUAAGAAACCUUAAAUUGCGUGCUAACCCAUUCCUCUUUCCACUACCUUUCUCGUAGCAAUAUAAAUAAAACCUCGUUCAUUUGGAAGUUACUCAAACCUAUCCUCAAACUCAACUCCAUCAUCACCCACCCAUCAUCAUCAUCAAUCCCCAAAAAUGCCACCGAAAUCCAUCCUCCUAAUCGGCGGCCACGGCAAGGUCUCGCAGCUACUGACGCCUCUCCUUCUCGCCAAGUCAUGGAACGUGACCAGCGUGAUCCGCUCUCCAGACCAGGUGCCUACGAUCGAGGCGCUUGGGAAGGGCCAGCCGGGCAAGCUAGACGUGCUGGUUAGUAGUGUUGAGGAUGUUAGAAGCGAAAGCGAUGCGAAGAAGGUGCUGGAGAAAGUCGGACCGGAGUGGGUUAUUUGGAGCGCUGGAGCCGGCGGGAAAGGCGGUCCAGACUGCACGUACGCGGUAGACCAGGACGCGGCGAUCGCAUUCACGAAAGCCAGUAUCCACACUCCGAGCGUGAAGAAGUUCCUCACAGUAUCGUACAUCAGCUCGCGGCGCAACAAGCCGUCAUGGUGGACCGACAAAGACUGGGCUUACGGGCAGAAAGUCAACAACGAGAUCCUCCCGCAUUAUUUCAAGGCCAAGGUUGCGGCCGACGAGGUGCUAACCGUGCUCUCGAACGAGCGGGUCAAGAAAGAGGAGGAGAGUGGGGUGCCUGCUGCAGAGCGGUUUGCCGGGAUCAGUUUGAGGCCUGGAACGUUGACGGAUGAGGCGGCGGGGGGGAUCAAGGCGGGGAGGAUUGGAUCUGAGGGGAAGAUUAGUAGGGAGGCAGUUGCGCAGGCGGUUGUUGCGGCAUUGGAGGUUGAGGGGACGAAGGGGUGGUUGGAUAUCUUGGAUGGAGAGGAUGCGCCUGUGGAGGCUGUGAGGAAGUAUGUUAGGGAUGGUAGUGAUGCGGUUGAGGGAGAGGAUUUAGAGGGUCAGAAGGAGAGGGUUGCGAAUUUGUAAUGGUCCCAGUGAGGGUUUAAGAAAGAAAUGGGGGAAUUUGAUACUACUGAGAACUGGUGAAUACAUAAGAAAUCAAUGAAAAAGGGAAGAAUAGAAAGAAAAUUUCCAGAGUACUAUCUGAGAGAUGCAUCCCCAGUUACUGG